AUGGGAGACUGGAAUUUGUUGGGAAGCAUUUUGGAGGAGGUGCACAUUCACUCCACUAUCAUGGGCAAAAUCUGGCUCACCAUCCUGUUCAUCUUCCGGAUGCUUGUGCUCGGUGUGGCGGCGGAGGACGUCUGGGUGGACGAGCAAAGCGAGUUCAUAUGCAACACUGAGCAGCCAGGCUGCAAGAACGUCUGCUACGACCAGGCGUUCCCGAUCUCACUCAUCCGCUUUUGGGUUCUGCAGAUCAUCUUUGUCUCAUCGCCUUCGCUGGUGUACAUGGGUCACGCUUUGUACCGUCUCAGAGCCCUGGAUAAGGAGAGGCACAAGAAAAAAAAUCAACUUCGAGCUGAGCUGGAAGAGACAGAGUUCUUGUUCGAGGAGCACAAGCGUCUGGAGCGAGAACUUCGCAAGUUGGAAGAGCAAAAAAAAAUGAAGAAGGCUCCUCUGAGAGGCUCUUUACUACGCACGUACAUCAUCCAUAUCCUGACCAGAUCCGUGCUGGAGGUGGGCUUUAUUGCGGGCCAGUAUAUCUUAUAUGGAAUAGGGCUGGAUCCUUUGUUCAAGUGCGACAGGGUGCCUUGCCCCAACACUGUGGACUGUUAUGUGUCCAGACCAACAGAGAAGACCAUCUUCAUGGUUUUUAUGAUAGUCAUUGCUGGUGUUUCUCUGUUCCUUAACCUACUGGAGAUAUCUCAUUUGGGGACAAAGAAAAUCAAACAGGCUUUAUCUGGCUGGCAAUUCACGGAGGAUGACAUCCUUUGCAAAGCAAAGCAAGCAGCAAUGGCUGAUUUAUCGCUGAGCAAAAAGGCAAAAAUCAGCAUUCAGUCCGGCCCAACGGACCCCCUGUGUUUACCCGACAUGGGUUCAAAUUCCAUGCUAGCUGAGCAGAGACACAGCGUCUUUGCAGGUACGACUCUUCCUGUGUCUUGCAUAAUUCCGACACGUCAAGACAGCCAAGGCUUCGUCCACAACGGGCGUCUUCAUAGUCUGAUGGAGCAGCAUAAUGAUCAAAAUGAUGACCUGCCUCCGGACAGCAGCACUGGUUCAGGUAGAGACAGCAAACUCUCAAACUCGGGCCAACAAAGUCAUGACGGUCAGCUCACUCAACGGCCAAGCCAUGGUGAGAUACCAGGAUGCGUUCGUAACAUUAUGCACCGAUCGAGCCAUGUCCUUGAGCCGACCGAGGACGGCACAGAAUCCUCAGACAGUGACUUGUACCAUCACCCCAGGAAAGCCAGCUUUAUGGCACGAAUGUCUUCAGACAGCGCCUCGCCCAGCCCGUCCUGCCCCAGCACCAGGAGCUCGGAGUCCGAGCUCGGUUCACUUAACAACCUACCCAUGAACCCACCGCCAGGAGGACGGAGGAUGUCAAUGGCAAGUAGAGCCAAAAGACACACGACCACUGACCUGCUGGUUUAG